AUGUACGGAUUGCUUCUGGAGAAUAUGGCGGAAUACAUCCGUCAGACGUACGGCGAAGAGAGGUGGGAGGAUAUCAGGAGGCAGGCGGGAGUAGAACAACCCUCCUUCUCCGUCCAUCAAGUAUACCCAGAGAACCUCAUCGCGAGAUUGGCAAAGAAAGCGCAAGAGGUCUUGGGUAUUUCCGAGCGAGAGUUCAUGGACCAAAUGGGUGUGUACUUCGUAGGUUUCGUGUCGCAGUACGGCUACGACAGAGUGCUGUCAGUUCUGGGACGACACAUGCGGGAUUUUCUAAACGGCUUGGACAAUCUACACGAGUACCUCAAAUUCAGUUAUCCGCGGAUGCGAGCGCCCAGUUUCAUAUGCGAAAACGAAACAAGACAUGGGCUGACCUUGCAUUAUAGAUCGAAGCGGAGAGGCUUCGUGUAUUACGCUAUGGGCCAGAUAAGAGAGGUAGCCCGACAUUUCUACCAUAAGGAGAUGCGUAUUGAGUUGGUCCGCGAGGAGUUGCUCUUCGACACGGUGCACGUAACCUUCCAGCUGACCUUCGACAACAGGGCCUUCACCCUGGCCUCGCUAGCCAUGACCAGGGAAGAGAAACAUCUGCCCAUAAGCGCUUCGGUGCUGUUCGAGAUAUUUCCCUUCUGCAUCGUUUUCGGUUCAGACAUGGUGGUUCGCAGCAUUGGCAACUCGCUGAUGGUGAUACUACCAGAUCUGGUGGGGAAGAAGAUCACCAACUGGUUCGACUUGGUGCGUCCGCUUAUUGCGUUCAAAUUCGAAACUAUCUUGAAUCGCACGAACAACAUCUUCGAGCUGGUAACGGUGGAAGCUGUGAUGCACGAGAAGGCGCCCGACAAACGCAACGAGCUGGUGCGUCUCUCAGACGAGUCUGACGGGACCACUGAGAAGAAUCUCCGUCUCAAAGGUCAAAUGAUCUACAUGGACAACUGGCGAAUGAUGAUGUAUUUGGGUACGCCCGUUAUGCCCGACCUAGCGGCUCUCGUGUCCACCGGGCUCUACAUCAACGACCUGUCCAUGCACGAUUUCAGCAGAGACCUAAUGCUGGCCGGUACCCAGCAGUCGGUGGAGCUCAAGCUGGCGCUGGACCAGGAGCAGCAGAAGAGCAAGAAGUUGGAAGAGUCGAUGAGGAAACUGGACGAGGAGAUGAAGAGGACCGACGAGCUGCUCUACCAGAUGAUACCGAAGCAGGUGGCGGACAGACUCAGGAACGGGGAGAAUCCGAUCGACACAUGCGAAAUGUUCGACAGCGUGUCCAUCCUGUUCUCCGACGUGGUGACCUUCACGGAGAUCUGUUCCCGCAUCACUCCAAUGGAGGUCGUGUCUAUGCUUAACGCCAUGUACUCAAUCUUCGACACACUCACAGAGAGGAACCGGGUAUACAAGGUGGAGACGAUAGGGGACGCUUACAUGGUGGUAUCGGGGGCCCCUGAGAAGGAAGACAACCAUGCGGAGAAGGUGUGCGACAUGGCCCUGGAUAUGGUGGACGCUAUCACCGACUUGAAGGACCCCAGCACAGGGUCGCACUUGUCGAUACGCGUGGGCGUCCACUCCGGCGCCGUGGUGGCCGGCAUAGUGGGCCUGAAGAUGCCCCGGUACUGCCUAUUCGGGGACUCCGUCAACACCGCCUCCCGCAUGGAGUCCACUUCAGAGGCGAUGAGGAUCCACAUAUCGCAGACCACGCAGGAGCUCCUCUCGCCCUCCUACAAAGUGGUGGAGAGGGGCGAGAUCCAGGUCAAAGGGAAAGGAGCUAUGAAGACCUACUGGCUGGAGGAUAGGGAAUCUCGGCCCUCGCUCACCAAGAUGAUCUCGUCGCAGCUCCAUCCGGGAAACGAGUUAGAGUGGGAGAGGGCGGCCGACGUCAGGGAAAGCAUCGCCGAGUACUCAGCACAGCAGAUGAACAACAAAGAAAGCUCGGGCUUCUACCCACCGGGCAGUAUCGGCACCAAUUCCAUCGGGAACGGUGCCGGGAAUCCCCUGGCGUUGGUAUCGUCGAUGCCGCGGGGCCAACCGCCGACGGUGACGUCACCGGUGGAAGAGAGACGGAUGUACUCGCCCGUCACCUUCCAGGACGUGGCGAGGAGGAGUAUAGCCAAUUCGCCGAACAGAGUCGAUAGGGAGAGGGGCGACAUCUUGGAGCAGUACCAGAACAACAGCCGGCAGCAAUCGUGUAACACAACGGUCAAAGAGUCCAGGUCAACCUCCGCUAGUGUGGCGCCGUGGACCGACGCCGAUUCACGGGAGCCUUCACGAAACAUGGACAGCCUGAACUCCUCCUUCUGUUACAGUGCGACGUCACCUUGCAGAGUCGGCACCGCGCCGAUGGGCAACCAGGACCACGAGGGUUUCCUAUUCGAGCCUAGGUGCGUCUCAUCGCUGCAGGAGCCCGGAGCGUUCGCCCCACCGGCCACCCGCACCGCCACCCCCGACGACAUCGAAACGGACGCCGAGUACCAGGACGCGCGCGAGGCGGGCUCGGGCCACGCGUGCCGCAGCGACGAGCCGAACGCGAAGCCCGGCAAAGUGGGCCGCUUCCGGGCGCGCAUCGCCCCAGGGCACAGAACGUGUGGGAAGCCCAAGCAGGACUCCGUCAAGGACAAGAGCCCCCAGUCCGGCGUGCCGCACGGCCACCACCACACGAAGAACGUCAACCACCACCAGUGCUGCGGCGCCUUCGGCAACCCACACGUGAGGCACAAAACUAGUAACACAAGUUGUCACCUAAUU